AUGACUACGAUUCGCCCCUACAACGACAAGGAUUUCGAGAUGAUGUUCGCCGCUUUCAACGCGCGCGUCGAAUGGCUCGUGAGCAAAGGGUUGGAGGAUCAAUGGGGGGCGGAGCCGUGGGGAGAUGAUAUAAGGAACAAGGUGAUCAAGAGCAUCCCGGAGGAAGACGCGAAAGGUGCAAAAAGAUGGGUCGCGGAGGUCGACGGGGAAAGUGUUGGCUGGCUAGUCAUGACCCCGUUCCGGUCCGACUAUAUUCCUGUGACGGACCAAGAUAAGCCCGGCAACGAAGCCUUUCUCAAGACAUUGCUCGUCAAACCAGGCUUUUCCGGUCGCGGUAUUGGCGAAAAACUCCUCGAGGUUGCAAAACAAUAUGCGAGAGAAGAGAAGGCAGAAUGGCUUCGACUAGAUUGCUACAGAGGGCCAGCGGGGAAGGAUGGGCUGGUGAAAUACUACGAAAGUAAGGGUUUCACGAAAGCACGAGCGUUUGCGGUGCCAGGAAGGAAGGGGAAAGAGUGGACAGGACAGUUGCUCGAGAUGGCGGUUUAG